AUGUCCACCCCAUCAGUAGUCCUCAUCACCGGCAUCACCGCCCGCGGCCUCGGCGCCUCGCUCGCCAUCCAGCUCGCCAAAACCCCCACCCAAUACAAAGUCUACGGCACGCUCCGGUCGCUCGCCAAAGCGGAGGAGUUCUACAAGGAGGCGCGGGAGAAGGGCGUUGAGGGGACUAGUGUAGGAAUCUUGGAGCUGGAUGUUACAGAUGCGGGGAGUUGUAAGAAGGCUGUGCAGGAGCUUGUGGACAAGGAGGGGAGGAUUGAUGUGUUGGUAAAUAACGCCGGGGCGGGGUUCGUGCAGACGAUCGAGUCCGCGAGUGAGGAACAGAUCCAGAACUGCUUUGAUGUUAACUUCUUUAGCGCUUACCGUAUGUGCCGCCUGACAAUCCCGCACAUGCGUGCCCAAAACAGCGGCCGCAUCAUCAACAUCUCGUCCAUCGGCGGUCUCGUGGGCCAACCCUUCAACGAAACCUACUGCGCGGCCAAAUGCGCCCUCGACUCGCUCGCCGAAUCCUUCAACGGCACGCUCUGGAAAUGGAACAUCCACGUGUCCAGUUUCUGCCCCGGUGCGAUCACCUCCGCUUUCGCUGGGACGGCGAUGAAGACGCUUGCAGGGCAGGAUGUUGGGGACGCCUACAAGCCGGUGUUGGAUGAGUAUGUCAAGAACUUGACCGCGCGGUAUUCAUUGCCGGAGGCUGCGAACUCGCGGCAGACGCCGGAGGAGUGUGCGGCGGAUGUGGUGGCGAUUAUUGAGGCGGAGAGGCCGAAGGUGCGUUAUGCGACGCAUACCGUGAAGGAGUUGGUUGAUAAGAAGUUUGUGGAGGAUGGGGGCGACAAAAUUGUAGGGUUCUUGAGGAAUAGGUACUUUCCGGCGGACUUUCCUAGUGCUUGA